GUUGUCAUGGAAAUUGCGAGACGCGAGGCAGAGGCAGGCAGGAGGAGGCGCUAUGGGAUGUGUCACUUCCGCUUCCGCCCUCUCCCUCCUGCCGCGGCGCUGCUGUCAGCUUCUCAGGUCCUCUCGGUCUGUGGCCUUCUCGGCUCUGCGCCUUCAGCAGCUGCUGGGGCUUCGAGACCUGUGUCUGUUCUGGUCCGGGAACCGCCUGGCCCGAAGCCGGACUCGGAGAAGCCACGGGAGAUGGAGGACCCCCAGGAGCUGGUGACAUUCAAGGAUGUGGCCGUGGACUUCACCUGGGAGGAGUGGGGGCACCUGGAUGCUUUUCAGAAGGAGCUGUACAAGGAUGUAACGCUGGAGAACUAUAGGAACCUGGUGUGCCUGGGACUUGCCGUGUCCAAACCAGACGUGAUCUCUCAGUUGGAGCAGGGGGAAGCACCUUGGACCCCCGAGAGAGAAGACCCAAGAUGCAGGUGUGCAGGAUCUGUCAUGUUGAUCUUGGCAUUGGAGGACAGCUGGAAAGAAAAAAGGAAUGGAGAAUCCAUCUUACUUAGAUAUGGCAAUAAGUGAUAAAAUUCUGUUACCUGUUAUCAAUGUGAAGUUUAUCUGAACUCUCCUAUACCAGCCCCAGUGCUAACAUCAUUCAGAAUUCUUAUUAAAGGACAGGUCAAUUCUCCGAGAGCCUCCCCAGCUGUGAAUCACAGCAUCUGAAAAAGUUUCAAGGCAGCCUUUGCUGACACAAGUGUUGGGGACUGGGAAUGAGAUAAAUUGAAGGCCAAGGAAAGAGGAGGGAGGUCAGACAACGCAGCAGCCUCUCAGUCAGAGAGGUCAACAACAACAGCCUUCAGUCUCCUUGUAUCAUCCUUUCCCAAGAGGAGAUCCAUUCUGGGUUGGAUCUCCAGCAACCACUGUCAGGUGGCUCCCAUGUAUUCCAACAGCUUUCCUGUAUUACAACAAAGUCCAACACUGGAUAGGGUAUUUUGGGAUUUAUUUGAUUAUUUCUUAAGCUAUACCGCUUGUACUAAUACAUUUUUUAAUUAAAACUUUUUAUUUU